AUGACAGCAAAAGCAAUCAAUGCAAAAGGCAAAAAGGCUGACAACGAGGAGGCUUCUUCAACAAGGGCCCUCAAGGAUUACACCAGCACACCGACUUUGAGUGACAGACGAAGCAUGGAUGUGCCACAUUGCAUUGCUGUUGAGGCUUGUACAUCCCACGUAACUGAGGCUCAGCCUAAAGAGGUGCUUGUCGCUAAGGAAAUGCUGGCGAAAAAGUCUUUAGACCUUACCAUUAACAAAAACCAAACAAUUCUACACUACCAGAAGGCUGUCAACAAGCAGGCUGUCAUGAAAAAGUACCACAACAGUAAAAAACAUCAAUAUGACAAGUACACAAUCCAGUUUCAGCAGAGUCAUGCAUAUGACCAAAUGUGUUCGAAAGAGCGUCAGUUUGUUUCUGGCAGUAUUAUCAAGGAUGUCAUCCCCAUGAUGUAUAUUGUUGGAACGCAAGGAACGGAAGUGGGUAGUCGAUUCAGUAGCCAUGAGCGAAGAGGCGGCAAGAAACGUAGACAAAUACAUAGAAGGAACUGUCCAGUAGGUAUUGCAUUGAUCAAGAACAUAUCAUCGGCAAGCUCCUUAUGUUAG